AUGUCCCACGAUACUACUACAAGCAUGCCAAAACGUCGAGUAUUGGUAAUUGGAUCAGGUGGUGUCGGGACGAUGGUCAGCGUCGCCCUCGAAAGAUCUGGACGGGCAUCUGUCACUUCUGUUCUCCGAUCCAAUUAUGAGCAGGUUGUGAAGCACGGAUUCGAAAUCGAGUCUAUCGACCAUGGGAAACUAUCAUCAUGGAGACCAACCGCACUUGUCAAUGCUGUCCCCCUAGCUGACCCCAACACCCCAUUUGACUAUGUGAUUGUCACAAUGAAGAACAUCCGCGAAGUGAACAACAUCCCGAAGAUUAUAGCUCCAGCCAUAACCCCAGAUUAUACAACAAUCGUCCUAUUCCAAAAUGGACUGUAUAUCGAACCACCCAUCAUCGCAGCAUUCCCUUCGAACGUGGUAUUAUCAGCGCCGAGCUUCAUCGGUGCACAUGAGCACAAUGGCCAUGUGGUCCACGACGACCACGACAACUUCCACAUCGGCGCAUUCCACAACCCAUCCGCGGACGCAGCAUUCGAGCGUGCCAAGCUCGAAGAGUUCGCGAAAAUCUAUAACGCAAGCAAAGUCGUCGAUGCGGAGGUUGUCGAUGAUAUCAUAUUUUAUCGCUGGCGGAAGGUGAUCUGGAAUGGCAUUUUUAAUCCUAUGUGCGCUAUCACUCAGCUUGACUGUGCUGCGGUUCGACGAUUCGGCGGCGAGCAUAGUUUGAUUAGACCGGGUAUGGCGGAGAUGGCGGCCAUUGCGAAGGCGGAUGGGUAUGAUCUCGGGCCCGGGAUUGUAGAUGAGAUGAUGGAUAUCACGCCGAUCGAGUUGUGUUUCCGGCCGAGUAUGUUGGUCGACGUGGAUAAGGGAAAUCCGAUGGAGGUGGAGGUUAUUCUGGGGAAUGCUUUGCGUGUUGCGAGGGAGAAGGGUGUGAACACACCGAUCUUGGAUAAUACGUACCGGUUUUUGAAGCUCACUCAGGCACGGCUGUUGGCUGCGAGGGGAUUAAUUGUUGAGCCGAAGGAAAUCCCAAAAGUAGAUCUGAUAUAG